AUGGAGACGGACCAGCCAAACUCUAUCGGCUUCCAUGGCUAUGUAUGUAUCAUCAUACUAUUCAUUAUUAAUUUGUUAAAUUAUAUGGAUCGGUACACAAUAGCAGCUGUUUUGACACAGGUUCAAAAGACUUAUAACAUCAACGAUGCUAAAGGUGGCCUUUUACAAACAGUCUUUAUCAUCUCUUUCCUAAUUUUUGCUCCAGUUUGCGGUUUCUUGGGGGAUCGCUAUAAUCGCAAGUGGAUUAUGGCAAUUGGAAUCGCAAUUUGGAUUCUUGCUGUUUUUGCGUCGUCCUUUGUGCCAGAAAAUCUUUUCUUUGUUUUCGUCUUACUUCGUGCUGUAAUUGGUAUUGGUGAGGCAUCCUACAUCGUGAUUGCUCCUACAAUCAUUGCGGAUACUUUUGUUUCUCUAGUGAGAAGUCGGGUUUUGAUGUUCUUCUAUUUUGCCAUACCAGUUGGCAGUGGUGUCGGUUAUAUGGUGGGAUCUUGGGUGGCUUCUUUAUUCGACGACUGGAGGUGGGGUAUACGCGUAACACCUUUCUUUGGCGUCGUCUGCUUACUGCUUAUUACAUUGGUCAUUAAAGAACCGAGAAGAGGGGAAGCGGAAAAUGCUGUUGGGGCUGCAAACGCGCUGGAGAUUGAAGCUACUUCAUUUUUUGAGGACUUGAAAGCACUUUUUAAAAUCCCAACAUUUGUGUUUGCAACUCUUGGUUAUACUACAGUAAUUUUUGUGGUCGGAACGCUUGGCUGGUGGGGACCAGCCGCUGUCGAACAUUCGUAUGCUUCAAGAGAAGGCCUUAACAAUACCGAUUUUUUAGACACUGCAAGAAAAGAACGUGUUUCGUUGAUAUUUGGGGCAAUCACAUUGGCUUCUGGAGUACUCGGUGUUUUUGCUGGUGGUUUUUUAGCCCAAGAUGUCGUGACUCCGCGCAGACGUGGUGCAGCCAACGCUUGGCAAACCACGUUUUCGCAUCUGUUUGGUGAUGCUUCAGGUCCAUACAUUGUAGGACUGAUCUCAGACUUGCUCAGAGGUUCCGAAACUACCCCAGAAUCUCAUUAUAAAUCUUUGGUCAAUGCAUUCUAUUUCCCAACUGUGCUCUUGCUACUUGGUGGGAUCCUAUUCUUUCUUGCAGCAUAUUAUUUCGUUAGUGAUAAUCAGAAGUUCCAAAUAGAGAUGGGUAACUUUUCAUUAGCUUCAACAUUUUUGUUUCUUUGUUGUGCAGUUGAGACCAGGUGUUUGCCUCACCUGGUUUCUCAGGUCUUCUAA